UAGACGGGGAAUAGCGGCUGAUCUGGGGCCGGUUCUUGUGUUUUCUCUAAAUCAGGUUGUGGAUGCGGUUCUGCGCGCGCUGAGCUUUUCCUGGAUCAGGGUAAAGAAGCGUUUAAACGACCCCCGCGUUUCCUCAGUCUCCUCCUCCUCGCCGUCCCCCACCAGCAUUUAGCGCCACACAGACAGACCGGGCUUGUUCAUGGUGCGGGGCUUCGAGAGAAAGAUGAAGUUCCUGGUCGCGGUGACAGUUAUCGUCGGGUCGGUGAUUUUCCUGCUCUUCCCGAACGGAUCCGACGCUGACGAGAAGAAAAAAGGCCCCAAAGUUACGGCCAAGGUGUACUUCGAUAUCCGAAUUGGAGAUGAGGACGUGGGUCGCAUUGUGAUCGGCCUGUUUGGGAAAACAGUCCCCAAAACAGCUGAGAAUUUCCUCGCCCUGGCUACAGGAGAGAAAGGAUUUGGUUACAAGGGCAGCAAAUUCCAUCGUGUUAUUAAAGAUUUCAUGAUCCAGGGAGGAGAUUUCACCAGAGGAGACGGAACUGGAGGAAAGAGUAUCUAUGGUGACCGUUUCCCUGAUGAGAACUUCAAGCUGAAGCACUAUGGCCCAGGCUGGCUGAGCAUGGCCAACGCUGGUAAAGACACCAAUGGCUCCCAGUUCUUCAUCACCACUGUACAGACACCAUGGCUUGAUGGCAAGCACGUUGUUUUCGGCAAAAUCCUCGAGGGCAUGGAUGUGGUGAGGAAGAUUGAGGCCACAAAAACAGAUGGCAGAGAUAAACCACUAAAAGACGUCACCAUCCAUGAAUGUGGCAAGAUUGAGGUGGAGAAACCUUUUGCUGUGGCAAAGGAGUAAAUCUCCCACUGGGGAGAAACAGGACUGUGGGUUUCGGGGGGGAUUUGGCAGGUGUACCAUACCACACAGUGUAGUGGUGUUUGUGUGUUUGGGACACUUAAAUCGACACCCCUCACACUCCUCUACAUCUGCAGCAGUCCGCUGAGCGGGGCAACAUGGGUCCAUCUCGAACAAGCAUUCCAAUGCGGUUGGUCUGACAGAACAACUACUUUUUGUAAACAAAUCUCCAAUAAAGGAUCCAGGUUUUGUUA